UGUAAUGAUUUUCUUUCAGAUGUAAAAUGCUUUCUUGCUGUCUGUUGAGUUUUCCCAGAAAAUAAUUCCAAUGGAUUUGUGCCCUGGUUUCUGGAUUCCGAUCUUAAGAUUUAUUGGCCGAAUCAAUUUUUUUUAAAUAUAUUUAUGUUAUAUUUUUACAGGCCUUCAUAGAGUUGCCUGAACAAGGUUAUGUGUAUUUCAGGUCAUGUCUCCUGUUGCGGUCUUGAAUGUUCGGUCUCAUCAUCGAACGUUCUGUUGUUCAUAUUCCCCUAGGUCGAUAGAUUUCUUGUUGUAUAUGAUUCACGACUGAAUAAAUUUUAAGUUCUUUCAUAAUGUUCUCAUGUUUAUGAUCCCAUAUUGUGUAUCAUAUACAUUUUCUGUAGGAGGGACAUUUGAAACCUAGAAAAUUUAAAAACGGUGUGGCCACCCUGAAUAUUGGUGUAGGUGUAUAAGAGGAGGCACGUACAAAACAUGAUUAAGCAUAUACAAGUUCAUGGAAUAGAAUUUCCAAAAAUAUAAUCUGCAAUGUCUAGUAAAAUUCAUUAUCCAGUCGAGGGCCUACUCAUAAAUGCUGAACAGCCUUUGCAAGACUUGAUUACUGAGCUUAAAAAUUUGCUGUUGUAUCUGCAGAGAAUUGGAAAGGAAGACACUACUGAAGGGAAGCAUUUUGAUGAGUUUAUCCCAUUGCUACAAAAUUUAGUGAAUCCUGACUUCCUGUGUCAUGAGGAUCCACUUGUAAAGAUGAUAGUGGCUUGCUGCCUUGGACAACUGCUUGGAUUUCUGCCUGUCAGGUCAUUCCGAUGGGAUGAUGAAGAGUUAGUGGUGCUUCUAGACUUCUUCAUUAAGCAGCUAGAAUGUUUUGGUACUUCAGAUGGUAUCAUUCUUAAGUACUGUGUCAUUCUCUUGAAAAUUCUGAGUACAGCUGACUCAUUUAGCAGACUGUUUGUGUGCCUGGAAUAUACUACAAAUAAAGAAAAUAUUUAUAAUGCCUUUCUAUUGACAGUCUGUAUGGCUGCUCGGAUCAAGAGAGAUAUUUCAAUGAUGGAAAUGUAUGUUGUGCUGCUUCUGAAGAAUUUCAUAAAUAAUACAAAGUAUACUUCCAGUACAGGAAUUGAUAUAAUCCUCUGUAGUAUUCUUCGAGAGAAUAUAGAAGAUUAUCCGACAAUGUACCAUGUAGCAGUAAAAGUUAUAAGGAAUUGCAUUAGAGCAUUGGAUUUUCCCACCAAAAUGGUAUGUACAAUGACAUCUGUUGUUUGAUGCUGUAAUGUUGUUCUCCAACACUUGAGAGUGAGAUUAUUUUCCAGAUGAUGAUCUUAUUUAGGAAGGUUUAUCUUAAGAGUAUACUAUAUUUUACUAUCACAAUCUUUUAGUAAGUUUUAUUAUGACAAAGUGUAUUGUUGCACUCCUUUUUCCAUCCCUGGUCCUUGUAAUCUAAGUGUAAGGCUCUGUACUGCUCUGACAGAAGUCUUGGGUUUGAGACUGGCUGGACCUAUUGUGCAUUUUAUAACAUAUGUUUUUCUUCCCCAACCUCUUAUAAGAUAAAGUCAGAAGUUUGUAAAUGUUUCAUAUACUUGGCCCUCUCUGUGGUUUUUACUAUUGAUGCUGAGGCAGGCAAAGGCCAGGAAGGUGUAUUAGUUCAUAUACAGAGGCAAUUAUUUCUAAAAUGCGACCUGGUAUACUCAAUUGUGUUGGUCACCUUGAACCAUUUUGAAUUCUAUGUAAUUUCACAACACAUAUAUUUUGUGGCAUCUUAUAAUUGUAUAACUUUCUCAUUGCAAGGAAUUGUUUACUUCUCAAACUAUUUUAUGCAGAGUUUUAUAGUAUCUCAUAAUGAAACUGCCAACAGUAUAUUCUGAAAGUUCAAUAUUUCUAAUAGCAAACUUUAAUACUGGUCUGUGUCCUGAGACAGUUUACUCCAGUUCACCUUCUUA